AUGUCAAAUAGAGAAGCAAAUGAAGAUGAGAUACUACAUGAUCCUGCAACAUAUCUGAGAUUAGUGGGAAGGUUGUUAUACCUCACUAUGACCAGACCUGAUAUAGCAUUUGUAGUACAAGGACUUAACCAAUACAAUCAUUGUCUAAAGAAAUCUCACUUAGAAGCUGCCUUAAAAGUUAUGAGAUACAUUAAGGGUACACUUGGUUUGGGAUUGUUCGUGCCUGCUCAAACCACAAAUCAGUUUUCUGCUUACUGUGACUCAUAUUGGGGUGUAUGCCUGGAAACUAGAAAAUCAAUCACCAGAUACUUAGUCAAGUUUGGUGGAGCCUUAGUGUCUUGGAAGUCAAAGAAGCAAGAGACUGUCCCCAGAAGUUCAGUUGAAGCUGAGUUUAGGAGCAUGGCUACCUGUACUGUAGAACUUACAUGGCUACUAGGAUUAUUCAGAGAGUUUGGUGUUUACAUUCAAUAG